ACAAAUAAAAAUAAAAAUAAAAAAACCAAAGACAUAUUACCCUAGCGGGAGAGACUCACGCAACGCAACUCACCUUGUAAUCUGUAAUAGGUGAGCUUUUGGCUCCGAACUCCUCCUUUCAUCUUCAACCUUCAACCUUUCUCACUCUCUAUUCACUCUGUUCUUCCACUUCUCUACAAAUCUCAGAUAAUUAGCCGUUAUUGAGGGUUUAAACUGUUGAAACCUACAUUGUUGGCAUAAUUAGUUUCUAUGGAUUUUGAUGAGUAUGAGUAUCUGGAGAACACUGUAGAAAAUCCUGAACCUAUCAAGGGUAAGGAGACUGUUAAUGGUGGUGGUGGUGAUGAAAUUGUGAAAUCUUCUGAGAAAGAUCGCAGUCGAAGUUCUAAGCAUAGAAGUGAUGACAAGAAUGAUGAUAGGGAGCAUCGUUCAAGGCGUUCAAAAUCUGGUGAGGAUUCACGUGACCAUGAUCGACAUAAAGAAAAGGGCUCGUCUCGUCACCGUUCUCGGUCCAAAGAUGGUGAUAGAGAUCGACAAAGGAGUAGCCGGGAACACAGGGAGAGGGAGGACAGAGACAAGGAGAAGAGUAAGGAUAAGGAUAGGGAGGAGAGGAAUGGAAGAGAGAGAGGAGAAAGGAGAGAGCGUGACCGUGAAGGUGGUGACAGGGAAAGAGACAAAGACAAAGAGAGAUCUCGCAGGAGCCGCAGUCAUUCAGAAAGACAUCGGAGUGGUGCGGUUGAAAGGGAGCAGAGUCAUGACAAGGAGCUUAGAGAAAGAGAGAAAGAGAAGGAGGUGGUGCGAGAACGAGAUAGAGAAAGCAGAAGAUAUAAAGAUAAAAAAGAGGAUCAGGCAGAGCCAGAGGUUGACCCAGAGAGGGAUCAGAGGACUGUAUUUGCUUAUCAGAUUUGUCUAAAGGCAGAUGAAAGAGAUGUAUACGAGUUUUUCUCAAGGGCUGGCAAGGUUCGAGAUGUACGUCUCAUCAUGGACCGGAAUUCUAGGCGAUCUAAGGGUGUUGGGUAUAUUGAGUUUUAUGAUGUGAUGUCAGUGCCUAUGGCCAUUGCUUUAUCUGGUCAGCCUCUUCUAGGUCAACCAGUUAUGGUGAAGCCAUCCGAAGCUGAAAAGAAUUUGGUUCAAUCAACUGCAGCCGUUGCUGCUGGACCAGGUGGACUUAUAGGGCCUUACUCUGGAGGAGCUAGGAGACUUUAUGUUGGCAAUUUACAUACAAGUAUAAAAGAGGAAGAUCUUCGUCAGGUUUUUGGAGCAUUUGGUCCAGUGGAACUUGUACAGUUGCCUCUUGAUGAAACUGGUCUUUGCAAAGGUUUUGGAUUUGUCCAGUUUGGACGUCUUGAAGAUGCAAGAAAUGCACUGAGUUUGAAUGGACAACUGGAGAUUGGUGGUCGAAUGCUUAAGGUAUCAGCUGUUACUGAUCAAGUUGGAAUGCAAGAAAUUGGUGGGAACACUGGGGAUUUUGAUGAUGAUGAAGGCAGUGGAAUGGCGCUUAAUGCACAGUCUCGAGCACUUCUCAUGCAAAAAUUGGAUCGGAGUGGCACUUCAACAAGUAUGACUGGUACUCCUGCUGUCAAUGCCCCCCCUGGGUUUACUCUACCGGGACCUCCUCCAAUGAUGGGAACUGCACCAAUGAUGACUUCCCUUUCUGCUCCACUAGCUCCUAUGCCGGUCCUUGGACUUGGGGGUGGUGGUCUUCAAGCUCCUACAGUCACUGUUCCUGCUAUAGAUACAAUUGGUGUUCCAAGUGAAUGUUUGCUCCUAAAAAAUAUGUUUGAUCCUGAAGCCGAGACGGAGCCAAAUUUCGAUCUGGAUAUUAAAGAAGACGUACAGGAAGAAUGUUCAAAGUUCGGAAAUUUGAAACAUAUAUUUGUGGACAAGAACAGUGUUGGCUUCGUAUAUCUGCGAUUUGAACAUACACAAUCAGCAGUAGCUGCACAGCGUGCUCUCCAUGGGAGAUGGUUUGCUGGGAAGAUGAUUACUGCAUCAUACAUGGUAUGUGUAUAUUGUCUCGGUCUCGGCUCUGUACUUACAUAUUUCUCUCAUUUACCUUUUCCUUGAAAUUUCCAAUCCUUCUAUGCAGUUACCCCAAAACUACGAAGAUAAAUUCCCCGAAAGCAGAUAAGGUUGUGGAAUUCUGUACCUGUAAGAUGAAAUGCCUGCCUAUUUUUUGGUGGCCCUUAUCGUCAUUUUUGCUACUCACUCAAUGGUGAUUAUAUUUUGGCGAUUUUAUCCAACAAAAAGUAUGUUCAUCCCCCAUACCGCGAAUUGCAGAUGACUUGAAAAAAAAAAGUCACAAGUUAUUUUCAAGAAUCUAGCUGCACAUGAGGGCAGUUAUUAUUGCUAGUGCAAUUAAAAUUUACAGAUAUUGUUUGUAGGUGAAAAUUGCUGCUCUCUUUUUAUUAAUUUUGCAGGCCUUUCGAUCCAUGUUCCGAAUAUAUUUUGGAAUUAGUUGCAGACACAUCAGUUCUCAGUUUUGUUUAAUCAAGUUAAGGACUUGGCUAAUCUUUAUUUUGAUAAUUAAGUUGUAUGUUAUAUAGAUAUGAUUUUUGUGGACAAAUGCUUUGUUAAACGAAUUUGGUGUUUGGUCAAGCUAAAAGAAAGAAAA